GCGCGGACCAAAAGGGGCUCGGGCCGCUCGGGCCGGGAAUGGCGGCGGCGGCCGAGCCCGGGGCCCGUGCCUGGCUGGGCGGCGGCUCCCCGCGCCCCGGCAGCCCGGCCUGCAGCCCCGUGCUGGGCGCAGGAGGCCGCGCGCGCCCGGGGCCGGGACCCGGGCCGGGGCCGGGGCCGGGACCCGGGCCGGGGCCGGGGCCGGGGCCGGAGCGGGCGGGCGCCAGAGCCCCGGGCUCCGUUGCCGGGCCGGGACACAGCUUCCGGAAGGUGACGCUCACCAAGCCCACCUUCUGCCACCUCUGCUCCGACUUCAUCUGGGGGCUGGCCGGCUUCCUGUGCGACGUCUGCAAUUUCAUGUCCCAUGAGAAGUGCCUGAAGCUUGUGAGGAUCCCGUGCACGAGUGUGGCGCCCAGCCUGGUCCGGGUUCCCGUGGCCCACUGCUUCGGCCCCCGGGGGCUCCACAAGCGCAAGUUCUGUGCUGUCUGCCGCAAAGUCCUGGAGGCGCCUGCACUCCACUGCGAAGUGUGUGAGCUGCACCUCCACCCAGACUGUGUGCCCUUCGCCUGCAGUGACUGCCGCCAGUGCCACCAGGAUGGGCACCAGGAUCACGACACCCAUCACCACCACUGGCGGGAGGGGAACCUGCCCUCAGGAGCGCGCUGCGAGGUCUGCAGGAAGACGUGCGGCUCCUCUGACGUGCUGGCCGGAGUGCGCUGCGAGUGGUGCGGGGUCCAGGCGCACUCCGUCUGCUCCGCGGUGCUGGCUCCCGAGUGCGGCUUCGGGCGUCUGCGCUCCCUGGUCCUGCCCCCGGCAUGCGUGCGCCUCCUGCCCGGUGGCUUCAGCAAGACGCAGAGCUUCCGCAUCGCGGAGGCGGUGGAGCCGGGCGAGGGAGGCGAUGGCGCGGACGGGAGCGCUGCCGUGGGUCCAGGCAGAGAGACACCGGCGACUCCGGAGUCCGGGAAGCAAACGCUGAAAAUCUUUGAUGGUGACGACGCGGUGAGGAGAAGCCAGUUCCGCCUCAUCACGGUGUCCCGCCUGGCCAGUGCCGAGGAGGUGCUGGAGGCCGCGCUUCGGGUCCACCACAUCCCCGAGGACCCUGGCCACCUGGAGCUGUGCCCGCUGCCCCCUUCCUUGAAGGCCUGUGACACCUGGGCUGGGGGCAAGGCUGGGAGUGCUGUGAUUUCGGAGGAGGGCAGAAGCCCUGGGUCUGGCGAGGCCACACCAGAGGCCUGGGUCAUCCGGGCUCUGCCGCGGGCCCAGGAGGUCCUGAAGAUCUACCCUGGCUGGCUCAAGGUGGGCGUGGCCUAUGUAUCCGUGCGAGUGACCCCGAAGAGCACGGCCCGCUCCGUGGUGCUGGAGGUCCUGCCACUGCUCGGCCGCCAGGCCGAGGGUCCUGAGAGCUUCCAGCUGGUGGAGGUGGCGAUGGGCUGCAGGCAGGUCCAGCGGACAGCGCUGAUGGACGAACAGCCGUUGCUGGACCGGCUACAGGACAUCCGGCAGAUGUCCGUGCGACAGGUGAGCCAGACGCGGUUCUACGUGGCAGAGAGCGGGGAUGUAGCCCCGCACGUCUCCCUGUUUGUUGGCGGCCUGCCUCCCGGCCUGUCCCCCGAGGAGUACAGCAGCCUGCUGCAUGAGGCCGUGGCUACCAAAGCCACCGUGGUGUCUGUGAGUCACGUCUACUCCUCCCAAGGCGCAGUAGUGCUGGAUGUCACCUGCUUUUCGGAGGCCGAGCGGCUGUACGUGCUGCUCAAGGACAUGGCUGUGCGGGGCCGGCUGCUCACUGCACUGGUGCUCCCCGACCUGCUGCACGCGAAACUGCCCCCAGACAGCUGUCCCCUCCUUGUGUUCGUGAACCCCAAGAGUGGAGGCCUCAAGGGCCGAGACCUGCUCUGCAGCUUCCGGAAGCUACUGAACCCUCACCAGGUCUUCGACCUGACCAACGGGGGUCCCCUUCCUGGGCUCCACCUGUUCUCCCAGGUGCCCUGCUUCCGGGUGCUGGUGUGCGGUGGCGACGGCACUGUGGGCUGGGUGCUCGGCGCCCUGGAGGAGACGCGGUACCGACUGGCCUGCCCGGAGCCUUCUGUGGCCAUCCUGCCCCUGGGCACAGGGAAUGACCUUGGCCGAGUCCUCCGCUGGGGGGCAGGCUACAGCGGCGAGGACCCGCUCUCCGUGCUGCUGUCCGUGGAUGAGGCCGACGCCGUGCUCAUGGACCGCUGGACCAUCCUGCUGGACGCCCAUGAUACUGCCAGUGCAGAGAAUGGCACUGCAGACGCAGAGCCCCCCAAGAUCGUGCAGAUGAGUAACUACUGUGGCAUUGGCAUCGAUGCGGAGCUGAGCCUGGACUUCCACCAGGCACGGGAAGAGGAGCCUGGCAAGUUCACAAGCAGGCUGCACAACAAGGGUGUGUACGUGCGGGUGGGGCUGCAGAAGAUCAGUCACUCUCGGAGCCUGCACAAGCAGAUCCGGCUGCAGGUGGAGCGGCAGGAGGUGGAGCUGCCCAGUAUCGAAGGCCUGAUCUUCAUCAACAUUCCCAGCUGGGGUUCCGGGGCCGACCUGUGGGGCUCAGACAGCGACACCAGGUUUGAGAAGCCGCGCAUGGAUGAUGGGCUGCUGGAGGUGGUGGGCGUGACGGGCGUCGUGCACAUGGGCCAGGUCCAGGGUGGGCUGCGCUCCGGGAUCCGGAUUGCCCAGGGUUCCUACUUCCGGGUCACACUCCUCAAGGCCACCCCGGUGCAGGUGGACGGGGAGCCCUGGGUCCAGGCCCCGGGGCACAUGAUCAUCUCAGCUGCUGGCCCUAAGGUCCACAUGCUGAGGAAGGCCAAGCAGAAGCCGAGGAGAGCCGGGACCACCAGGGACGCCCGGGCGGAUGCGCCUGCCCCUGAGGGCGAUCCUAGGUAGGGGUGGCUGAGGCAGCCCAGGGGCUCGAGCCGUCUCUGCCUCCACCUCCGCCAGCCUUGUUUUCAGUUGGUCUAGAGGCAGCUCCACGUCCACACGGUGGCCGGCCUUGUGGUUGGACUUGGCUACAGCCCUGACCGCAUCAUCUUCCUGGGGCCAGAGCAGGACCAACCCUCAUCCCACUGGAGACUGCUGUGUGGGUGGCAGUGUUUCCCCGUGUCCUGGGUGGGCACAGGGCUCUGGCGGGCAAGCCGUCUGCCCUGUGGGGGCCUGGUCCUCUCCUCAGGGGUGGGCACUCAUCCCUCUAUACCUCUCCCUGCCAAGCCCCUUGAGCUGGAGAGUGCUGGACGCUGGCCGUCCAGGUGGGUCUGACCUCGCUUUGUGUCCCUCAGGCCUUCCCCCUGGCCAGUCUUUCAGAGCAGCAGGCUCCCUGGUGUGUCCUUACCCCCAGCAGACACAGGCUGCCAGCCCCUCCAGCCUCCCCUCCCCGCCCCGGGCAGCAGGUGUGGGCAGUCCCUGGUGGGCAGCGUUGGGCUGCUGGGUGGUUGUGACUGGUGACUUCCUUGUGUUGCGGGAAGAGAGAAGGUGCCUUCCCUUGUUUUCUGGCCUUGUUAUAUACAGAUGGCAGCUUGGACCCCAGGUACAGCUGCAGGGGCACAGUGCCCAGCUGGGCCUGGUGGCCCUUUCCUAGUGCCUGUGCUGGGGGAGGAGAGCCUCUGUCGUGUGGAGGCCAGGAGGUCUCAGGUGCUGCCCUGGCAGCACCAGAAUGUGGGCCGGGCCCAAGUGUCUGCCCCUCGGCCCUCAGGGUGGGGCAUUUAGCACCCAGAAGAGACCAAAAGCAGGACAUGGCGGUGCGGAGGAGUUUGUGGAGGCGGAGACAGCUCCACGCAUGUGGCGGAGGAGCUGGCUUUCAGCCCCAGACCCCACGCUAGCACUUUCCACGCUGCUUGCUCCCUGCUGACAUGCAGUUCCCAGUGUCUGUGUGAGCCGACAUCUGCUCAGUCCUAUCCCUCGUCAGCAUGUGGAGACCCAGCUCCUGCAGCGCCCCUGCUCCCACGUCCCCCAGACAGCUCGGUGGAGGGUCCUGCGUCUGGGCCAGGCUGGGGUGCACCCAGUCAAAAGACAAAGCUGCCUCCACGUGCCCAAGGAUUCAGACGGUGCACUGGCCCCACGAGGAGUCUGACCAAAAAUGGAGCCAGCCCUGUGGGAAGCCCUGACUCCCCCCACGAGAAACAGGCCCACGGUGAGGAUAUCCCCCUUCCCCUUGUGGGGCACAGCGGGCCUGGGCCUCCGAUUCUGCGGAGCUUUCGGGGUGUGGCCUUGACCUCAGAAGUGGCUCUGGUUUGGCCUCAGAAGUGUGUGGCCUGGCCCAGCCUGCUGCAGCCUCCUGGGGGACCCUUGGUGCCACUAAUCCUGACUCCCCCGCUUCUGCCAAAACUGCACAGACACAUGCAUUGUAAGGCCUGCUCACGGCCUCAAGUGUGCACUCUUGUUUACGUCGUCAAGACCAGUCCUUCAUUUGUGAUUAGUUUUGCUUCGCGAGCCCUGGUGUGGACUGUGGUGUGUAUGAAUCGUUAACUGUGGUGAGGGGCUUGUCCUGUAUGUGAAUGAGUCUGUACCCAGGUGAGCUCUGUGCCCUGUACACCAACCGGGCCCCUCUGUAUUUAUCGCUGCCUGAAUGCAACAGUAAUUUAUAUCUGGGACAAAUACAGUUUGGGCGUCACUGUC